AUGAAAAUUGAUGAAUUACUUCUAGAGCUGUUAGCGAACAAAACUGAAGAAGCAGGAAAGCAAGGUCUACAGAUCGAAGCACUACAGAUGACCAGCACUAUUGCUCCAAUCAUGAGCAAAGAAUCAGAAGAUACUGAAGAUGAAGCUCCAAUUUUCAAGCCUGGUAAUGAGGUUACGAUCUUUCAAUCCAGAAUCAUUACCUCUGGUAAUAUUUCUAAAGCUCUGAUUGAUUCAGAUGGUGAGAAUAUGGAUGCUUUUAUUCGAAUAAAAAUCGAUGAAUUGCUUUUAGAGCUGUCAGCGAACAGAGCCGAAGAAGCAGGAGAGCAAGUUCAAGCGUCUUUUUCAAGGUUGUAG